UAAAAUGGCUGCCGACUGGCGAUUGAUGUUUCUGCUGGGAGUCAUGCUCCUCGUGGGUUUACCUGUGAAUGGGGAGGUUUACACCGCCCUAGCUGAGAUGGAGGAACUUCUUGAGACUGAAUCCGUAUUGAUUACCAAUCUGGAGGGCUACAUACGCGUGCAGGAGAACAAGCUGAACUUCCUUAAAAAUAAAAUGGACGAGUAUCAGCGGGAACAUGCAGAUGCCUCCAGCGAUAUUACAGGCUAUGUAUCCAACCCGAUAAAUGCCUAUUUGCUGACCAAGCGGCUGACCACCGACUGGCGGCAGGUGGAGAACCUCAUGGAGCACGACGUAGGCACGGACUUCGUUCAGAACAUCACCCAGUAUCGAAGUGUCCUCAAGUUCCCCUCCGACGAGGAUCUCAAUGGGGCGGCGGUGGCCUUGCUCCGCCUGCAGGACACCUACCAACUGGACACAUCGAGUGUGGCGAGGGGCAAACUGAAUGGCAUUCAGUACAGCACGGAAAUGUCCUCGGACGACUGUUUCGAGCUGGGCAGACAGUCGUAUGUGAACCACGACUACUACCACACGGUUCUCUGGAUGAACGAGGCGAUGGCCAGGAUGCUGGAGGAACCCACCAACCACACGCAGAGCUUCACCAAGGCCGACAUCCUCGAGUACCUGGCCUUCUCCACCUACAAGGAGGGCAACAUAGAGAGCGCCUUGACCAUGACUAAUGAGCUGCUCCAACUGCUGCCGCAUCACGAGAGGGCCAAUGGAAACAAGCGGUUCUACGAGAAGGAGAUUGCCAGCCAGCUGCAGUUGAAGAAGAUGAAGGGCGACGAUGGCACCGACGAGAUGCCCAAGUCUGAUUUGCCCGUGGCCAAAAGUGAUCCGGCCAUUUUCGAUUUGACCGAGCGCAGGGCCUACGAAAUGUUGUGCCGGGGCGAACUGAAGCCCUCGCCCACGGAUCUCAGGCCCCUGCGAUGUCGUUAUGUAACGAAUAAUGUGCCCUUCCUGCGAUUGGGCCCCUUGAAACUGGAGGAGGCCCAUAUGGAGCCCUAUAUUGUGAUCUAUCACGAUGCCAUGUAUGAUAGUGAAAUUGAUAUUAUCAAGCGGAUGGCUCGUCCUCGAUUCCGCCGGGCUACUGUUCAGAAUUCGGUGACUGGAGCCCUGGAGACGGCGAACUACAGGAUCAGCAAGUCCGCUUGGCUGAAAACCCACGAGGAUCAGGUGAUUGAGACCGUGGUUCAGCGUACCGCCGAUAUGACCGGUUUGGAUAUGGAUUCCGCGGAGGAACUGCAGGUGGUUAACUACGGCAUCGGUGGACAUUACGAGCCGCACUUUGACUUUGCCAGGAAAGAGGAACAGCGCGCCUUUGAGGGUCUUAAUCUGGGCAACCGCAUUGCCACCGUUUUAUUCUACAUGAGUGAUGUGGAGCAGGGGGGCGCCACAGUUUUUACAUCCCUCCACACAGCAUUAUUUCCCAGGAAGGGUACGGCAGCCUUUUGGAUGAAUCUUCAUCGAGAUGGAGAAGGCGAUGUAAGGACUCGGCAUGCCGCCUGUCCCGUACUUACAGGCACCAAAUGGGUGUCUAACAAGUGGAUCCACGAACGCGGCCAGGAGUUCCGCAGACCCUGCUCCCUGGACGAGGAUCACGGCGAGUUCGCCAUUUAAGCCGGAGUCUAGUUAGCGAAUGCAACGAAUCUUAAGUGCGGAAUCUCAUCCUUCGCCAUUUUGGCCACCGACUUCCUAUUGUACAUACCGCAUUCAGCCGAAAGUUUUACUUAGCGGUUCCACCUUGGGGAGCCAACUUCUACCUAGCUAUCUAGAUCCUAGACUCGUACGGAAUUUAUCUACUUUUGUAUAUUUGCCUAGUUUAAGUAGUAGAAAAAAUUGGAAUAAAAUCGAAAUGGAAAGCAAACAAAUAAUAUGUUUAAUAAAUAUAU